GGUUUCAUCUGCUUCUGCUGCCCUGGAAUGUUCAACGCCCUCCAGGGUACCGGUCAGUAUGGUCUUUCCUCCAAGGACUCCGAUGUCGGUAACCGCGCCGGUACCGCUCUGUCCCUCGUGUUCGCCUUCUCCUCCCUCUUCGCUGGUGCUCUCUUCAACAUCCUCGGUCAUCGUGUUCUCCUCAUUCUCGGAGGCUUGACCUAUGUCCUCUAUGUUGGAUCUUACCUUGCCUACAACUACAUCCAAUCCAUCGUCUUUGUCGUCAUUUCCUCCUGCUUGCUCGGUAUUGGUGCCGGUUGGUUGUGGUGCGCCCAGGGUGCCGUCAUGAUGGGUUACCCACCAGAGAACGAGAAGGGCAAGUACUUCUCCAUCUUCUGGGGUAUCUUCAACACUGGUGCUGUCCUCGGUAACCUUAUCCCCCUCGGUCUCCAGUGGAAUGACGAGAAGGCCGGUGGUGCCAGCACUGCCUCAUACACCGCUUACAUGAUCGUCAUGACCAUCGGUGCCCUCAUCUCUGUCUUCUUGCUGCCCAUCUCCAAGGUUGUCCGCAGGGAUGGUUCCCACGUCGUCAAGAUCAAGUACUCGAGCCCCAUCUCCGAGCUCAAGUCUGUCUUUGCCCUUUUCAAGGACUGGCGCAUGUUGGCUCUCAUCCCCAUGUUCUUCACCUCCAACUGGUUCUACACCUACCAAUUCACUGCUGUCAACGGCUCUAACUUCACGACCCGCUCCCGCAACAUGAACUCGAUGUCGUACUGGGCUGCCCAGAUUGUCGCCUCGAUCCUUUACGGAAAGUUCCUGGAUCGCGCUCAGUGGACCCGUACCACUCGUGCCCGCUAUGGUCUCAUUCUCUUGACCAUUGUCUUGCUCGGUACCUGGAUCGGAGGCAUCAUCUUCCAGACCACCUUCGGACCCCGCAACCCCAUCCAGGAGGAUGGCGUGUGGGUCAAGAACCCCGCUGACUUCCACAUGAUUGAUCUUGUUCACAACACUGGCGAGUACAUUGGACCAUACUUCCUGUACUUCUUCUAUGGUGUUACUGAUGCCAUGUACCAGGGUUACUCCUACUGGUUGAUGGGUGCCCUCACCAACGACACCAACCAGGCUGCUCGCUUCGCCGGUUUCUACAAGUUCAUCCAGAACUUGGGAGGUGUCUUGGCUCCCGUUGUCCAGACCUCGGUCAUCGGUAACGCCCCCUCGAAGGGCUACAACGCUGAGCACCCCAAGACCGCUGGUAUGGGCGAGCUCAUCAUCUGCGUUGUCCUCAUCUUUGUCGGUGUCCUCGGCGCCUUCCCCGUCGCCUUCAAGGCCGUCCAGGACCACACCGUUGAGGAGGGUGAUGAGGUCGUUGGUGAGAAGCAGGAGGGUGCCUUCGAGGAUGUCAAGGCAUAAA